UCCAUGCGCCGGUACUCUAUUUUGUAGGUAUUAUAUUUGUAGACCACGUUUACAAUAUCAUGUAUUAGGUACUCAGCAACGAUACACAAACGUUAGUUACGUUUCCUGUUGUUCGGUAUAAUUAUUGAAAGUCAUAAUGUAAUGAUAGUCAUAUUAUCAUUAGUCAUAACUCUGAAACUUAACUAUUCAGGAAUUUCCUUAGGUUAUCCUAUAGAUAGGUUAGGUUUGUUUUAUGGCAAUCCUGAAAAAUUCCGCGUUUCUGAGAAAAAACAAUUUAUGGCUAACGAAAAUGCGGACAAACAAUACAUUAUGACUUAAAACUUUAUGGGAAACAAUAGAGACCUCGUUAGUUAGUACAUAUACAAUCUUAUUGAUUCUCUAAGUUUGAUUAAAAAUCCAAAUAAAUAUUACUUACGCAUAAGAAACUACUUAGAUAAGUUAGAUAGGUACUCACUAUAAAAAUCAAAACAAGUAGGUAAGUAAUUUUAUCUUGUAGAGUCUACAACGUGGACAAAUAUUUCUAGAAAAAUCCUUGAUGACAAUAUUUCCUCCAAGUUCGUUCACUAUUUGCAUCUUUAAACACAUAUAUAAUAAUAUUUAAUUUAUUGCAGAAUGUGCAAUGUCGUGAUCAGUCGCAUUAAUGAAAGUCGACUAAAUCCUAAGCGAGUGAAAGCACAUCUUAGGUCAAGACAACAAACGCGGAAACAGGUACUUUUACCUGCGAGUAUUGGACGAGCGGGAUGUCCGCACCAAGCCCUUCAUCACUUUCGUAACCUAGUGGGUACGACUAAUACCUACUUACCUACUAAAGUAUUAGUCUAUGUAAUAAUACAUUUUUCAUUUUUCACGCUCUGAAAGUGGGUCGUUGUUGCUCUAAAAAGUGUGCAGAAAAAAAUUACGCGUCUGCUCUAGAGCACUGUAAAUACGUUUUUUCUAAUUUUUUUAUUAAAAAAUGUUGGUUUAACUUUCGGUUUAAAUUUCCAUUCUGAUAAUUAACUACCCAUUCCAUAAAUAACGAUAUUUUUACUUUACCUAAAUUGAAAAUACCCUCAAGAAAUGCUACCUACUGAAGUUUAUACUUAGACGUAUUUUAUUAACUACCUAUUUACUUUCCUCGUAUUCGAAAUGAAAAGUAGAGUGUUUAACUCGGGUGAUAGGCGCCACAUCAGUCUCGGAGUCUCGGACUAUUGGCGCUCUUACUACGCCAAACCACCUCGACAGAAAUGGGUGCCUUUCAUCCCUCGGUUAACAAUCUACUAAUAAUCAAUUCUAAUGUAAAUAUGACUAUUUAGAGACUUAUGGGGCACUGCCUCCCCUUUACAUGUUCCACUUUAAAUGAAUACCUGUCCAUUUCAAUUCUGUCUAAAGAAAGGACACUUUGCAUGAGGAAUUUCGUACAUUGACCCACCUGUUCCUAUCUCUAUCGCACGCGCGUACCUAAUUAUAAUGCUGUCGCGGCCAUGAUGCAGGUCAAUGCCACAGUGCGGGCGGGAUCGCAAUACGGAUAAUUAAUAUUAUGCCCGUGCGAUACGGGAAUAUACGGAUAGGAUCAGGCGGGCGGGUCAAUGUACGAAAUUCCUCGUGCCAAAGCGUCGGGAUUCUUUAGAGGGUCGAAUUUAACUAGUCUUAAGAGACAUUAAGAUGUUAUCUAUCCGAAUUGAUAACAAAAUGUUUCCUUCCUUCCGGAGGAAAAAGAGAAUUGAUUGGAAUUUAGAAAGGUAAAGUCUAAGAGAAAAACGUGCACGUUAGUUUGAUAUCCAAAACAGAUGCAGGCGAUGUACUGCGCCAUAAUAGUACAUUACGAUACAAGUGCGAAAAAUAGGAAAUUCGAAACGAGUGGCGAUAAAUUAAAACACGACCGAAGGGAGUGUUUUAAAUCGACACGAGUUGCGAAUUACCUAUUCGCACAUGUAUCGUACAACGUUUUACAGUACAUAUGGCCCUUUAAAUGUUCGACACAGUAACAUAAUAUGCUACUUCUCGCACUAGUGCUAUAAAGUAGCCCCAUAUGUACUGUAAUAUAUGUUUUGCAGUCACUGAAUUGUCAAACGUCAACUUUUGACAAUCAAGCAGGGCGCUAGCUUGGUAUUACAGCCUGAUUACAGCGGAGUCGAGCAAAUUUCAACGCUACAAAAGUAAAGGGCAUGUCCUACUGUACCACGGCCGCGGGCCGGUGCUUUCAUAAGGCACAUCACGUGCGUUUAUUCUCUCGAGAGAAAGAAUGGUUGGUGAGCGGUUGAAGCGGGCCGGUGUCGGUGUCGGUAGCGCGAAUCUCGAUCGCAGCCAGAAGACGGUUCGCGCGGCUUCGUCGCGCAUGCGCCAGUUUCGACACCGCUGCGUUUUCGCGGGAAACUAACGGACGUUAGACAUUUAAAUAUUUAUUUGUCUUUUUUUAUUAAUCAAAGUGCACACAGUGAACUAACAAUAGUUGCUUGCAUUGAUUGUUUGUCAUAACAUUUCACAAGUGAAAUACCUACCUGAAAUCCCGAAACAAUGAAAUCCAAACGUCCAUUUGACUCGGCCAGUAUUCUGAUAUUCCUGUUUCAUCUGAUCGCGCAUGUGUGCGGCACACAGUUCGCGUCCCACGUGAGCGUAAACACGCCAGUCCACAGCUUCACACACGGCGUCGGGGACCCACUGCCAUUGCGAGGGUACCAGAGCUUUAGGAGCUCAAGACGUAAGUUAGACAGUUUGUUCACCGUUUGGUGUGGACCACCAGUGCGGGAAACGCAACGUGGCGGCGCCGGCGGCGGCGGCGGUUACCCGCGCGUGAAGCCGCGCAUCCCCUUCAACAGCGAAGAAACACGCGGCGAUGGAUUCAACAGUCUGUCGUGGCCUUAUGAUACUCAACAAGAAACCUCUAUCCCCGUGCUCCCGCCGUCGCCAUACAAAGUGGACUCGCCAGACCCGGAGUCGCUCUGGCCCGAGGGCCUCUUCCUGCCGCCAGUGGCCUCCCGUUUCGGCUUCGGCCGCAGGACUGACGCCGAACCGGAAACUGUCGAUCCAUACCUGCUGGAAGGUUCCGAAGCGAUAACAGCGGUGGCGCGCGCGCGGGAGCACGGCGUAUACUACUUCCACGACGUCCCGCACAUCGCGUCCCUGCUCGCCAACCAGGAGCUCCGGACACUGAACGACCUGCGGCCGCACCGCGUCGCCAGCAUCCGGCACACGUGGCCGUUCAACCGACCUUAGUACGACGUUCUACGAUACAUAUGCGACGCCGGCUGUACACACUCUCGAAGUCUCGAGAGCCUCUCGCCGACAGUUUUGGCACCGCUCCGAUCCAAUCGGAAGAAGUGCGAGGCGAGACGAGUGAGACUAGAAGCGAGCAGUAUGUACACACUCGUUCUCGGCCUCUCUCGGGGUCCCCGGACGAGUUUGUAUGUAGGUACAGCUGGCGAAAAGGGCGCUUGUAUACGACCGUUUCACUUUCAACAGUCCGUGUUAGUCCGAUGUCUUGUUUUCGUGAAUGUGGCUGUCGGACACAACAAAAACUGGACGUAGUCUACUAAGAAUUUUUUCACAUUAUCCGAUCCGAUAUCGGAUGUCAGAUACGACCACAAUGAAGCAAAAUGUAAAAAGUGCCAUUUUAUACUUAAAUAAGAAUUU